ACCACCACCACCACCACCACCAUCACCAUCACCAGCAUCAGCACCACCCCCACCACCAACAUUGCCAUCACCAUCACCACCGCCAGCAGCACCUUCACCUGCAUCAGUGCCAUCAGCACCUCUAUCACCUUUACCUCCAGCAGCAGCAUCCCCGCCUCCACCAUUAUCACCCCCAUUAUGGCCACUACGCUGCCAUCGCUUCAUCGUUAUACCAUCUGAACUGAUAGAGGAGACCUCUUCGACACUGAUACAACAUGGAGGAAAGACUCGAUGGGAAGGGCAGAAGGAAGACGACAUGCUUCCUAGGAGCCCAGGGGACAAGGCCCAGAAGCACAGCCCUCUGCAGCAGGCCUGGAUUCUCCCAAACACCCACCCUACUGGAGACAGUGUCUCACAGCUGUGUCUCAGCUUCCUUGCCCUCUCUUUCCCAUCCCCCCGCCCCCCUCCCACGCCCACAGAGAACUGGUCCCCACCAGGUGCAGCCUUCGUGGUUUCCCAGCACCAGAGACGGCUGUGGAGAGAAACCCAGGAGAGGUGAGGAGGGGAGGGGCAGAACCCUGGCUGCACCCAUGGGAUUGGCCAACCUGCGCCCUCUCUGCCAGCACCUGACUAGAAGGUUUCUCAAAGAGACAGUGACCUUAGCCACCACCCUGAGCUCUGCCCAUCUCAGCCAUGAGGUGGGCACCCCGCAUGCAGAGUGGGCCACAGGGGCCAUCCUUGAGGCAGUGGUGAGGUGGGAGGAGGCCACCGGGCCCCGAGGGGGCCACAAUGGACAAGUUCCGGAUGAUCUUCCAGUUCCUGCAGUCCAACCAAGAGUCCUUCAUGAAUGGCAUCUGCGGCAUCAUGGCGCUGGCCAGCGCCCAGAUGUACUCUGCCUUCGACUUCAACUGCCCCUGCCUGCCGGGCUACAACGCUGCCUACAGUGCUGGCAUCCUGCUGGCACCACCCCUCGUGCUCUUUCUGCUCGGUCUGGUCAUGAACAACAACGUGUCCAUGCUGGCAGAGGAGUGGAAGCGGCCGCCGGGCCGCCGGGCCAAGGACCCUGCCGUGUUGCGCUAUAUGUUCUGUUCCAUGGCCCAGCGAGCCCUCAUUGCACCCGUCAUCUGGGUGGCUGUCACCUUGCUCGAUGGCAAGUGCUUCCUCUGCGCCUUCUGCACUGCCGUGCCAGUGACUGUGCUGGGCAAUGGCAGCCUGGCACCCGGCCUGCCUCCACCCGAGCUCGCCCGCCUGCUGGCCCGGGUGCCCUGCCCCGAGAUCUACGACGGCGACUGGCUGCUGGCCCGUGAGGUGGCCGUGCGCUACCUGCGCUGCAUCUCCCAGGCCCUUGGCUGGUCCUUCGUGCUGCUGACCACACUGCUGGCAUUCAUCGUGCGCUCUGUGCGGCCCUGCUUCACGCAGGCUGCCUUCCUCAAAAGCAAGUACUGGUCCCACUAUAUUGACAUCGAGCGCAAGCUCUUUGAUGAGACAUGUACGGAGCAUGCCAGGGCCUUCGCCAAGGUCUGUAUCCAGCAGUUCUUCGAGGCCAUGAACCAUGACCUGGAGCUGGGUCACGCCCACGGGGCCCUGGCCGCAACCCCUGCUAGCUCUGCUGUCCCGGCUACCACCAAAGGUGCUGAGGAGGAGAAGGAGAAGCUGCGCGGCAUCACCGAUCAAGGCACUAUGAACAGGCUGCUCACGAGCUGGCACAAGUGCAAGCCGCCCCUGCGGCUGGGCCAGGAGAAGCCGCUGAUGGGCAACGGCUGGGCUGCGGGAGGGCCCCGGCUUCCACGUAAGGAGGUGGCCACCUACGUCAGCAAAGUGUGAGCCGUGGCCAGGUGAAGAGGCAGGAAUGGGGCUGUGCGCCCGCAACCCCUCAGACCCCCAGACCAGCUGGAACAAUGAAGGCUGCAGGUGUUGGGCGGUAGGCCCCUGCAUGAGCAGACCCACAUGCCCAUGUAUUCACCUGCCCAUUGAGGCAGGAAAUUUGCCUCCAGCUGCCCUGGAUGGCCCUGGGGCAGCGGGGCCAUGAGCAGUAUUUGUCAGAGGGUUCAGACCUGGCUUGGAGGGGACAAGCUCCCAUCUGCCCAGCCCCUCCCAGCCACUUCACCCCUGCCCUGGCGUCCACUCUCGUCUGGGACUUUUUAGUACCUCUAAAAGGCCCAGAGAUUGGGUGGGGGAGGUGCAUCCAGCCGUCUCAUGAAGCAAGAAUCCUCUAAUUUUGGCCAGUCUCCUGAGAGAGGCUGAGUGGGCUAAGGUGGGCCAUAAGGACGUGACACCCAGCUUCACCUGGUGUGACACGCCUGGGUUGACAGGUGACGAGACAAGAUGGCAGAAGUUAGGUCCAUUCGGGAGAAGCCAGGUGUGUGGUCACCAUGGAGGUCACUCAACAGUUGUCAAAGUGGACCUCACAUUUAUUUAGCACCAAACACAAAAGGCCUCCUGUGCCAGUCUGUUUGGACUGCUGCCACAAAAUGCCACAGACUCGGUAGGUUAUAAGCAACGAAAACUCGUUUCUCACAAUUGUGGAGGCUGGGAGUCCAGGAUCAGGGAGCUGGCCUGUUGAGUUCUGGCGGAGGCCUUCUUCCUGCUCCACAGCCAGGUCCUCUCACUGCGUCCUCACACAGCAGACAGACAGGGCUAGGGAUCUGAGAGAGACGGGGCUAGGGAUCUCUCUGCAGCCUCUUUAAUAAGGUGCUAAUCUCAUUCAUGAGGGCUCUGCCCUCACAACUAAGCACCUCUCAAAGGCCCCGCCUCCUAAUAUCAGCACAUUUAGGGGUUAGGAUUUCAACCUGUGAAUUUGGAGCCGACUCAUUCACACCACAGCACGUGUCACGGAAGGACGCUGGAGACCACCCUAACACUCCCCUUACAUCCGGGUCUCAGGGGAAAAUCAGACCACCCUCAGGGCUCGAGCAGUUAGAAACAGAUUCAUUUUCUCAAACACCCCACCCCCUGGGGAGGGAGCUCCAAGUCUAAGAGGCUCUGCCCUGAGGUGGAGAUGACGGUGGAGGGUGUGAGAGGAGGUAACUAGAGCGGAAACAGCUCAAGACUCCAGAGACAGAACUGGGUCAAAUGCUGGCUCUACCACUUUCCAAACUGUGUCCCUUGGGCCAGUUGCUUCAUUUCCUGUGCCUCAGUUUCCUCAUCUCUACAGUGGGGAUGUGGACACCUACCUCGUGGGGUUGUGAGCAUCAAAUGAGUGAAGCAGAUAAGCCCACGGCACGUGGUGGGCACUGAGCACAUGGUGCUAAUGUGUGUGUUGAUUUCUAAACUGAGGGCUUAGCCCCUGCUCCUGGACAUAGAGGAGGUGGUCAUCAGGAAAUGGAGCUAUCUUUGUUGAGGAGGAGGAAGCAGGGCCAAGAAUAUAGGCUUCUUGCCCCCUCAAAUAUCUCUGAGAUGUAAGUCCCACUCAUCUAAGAACUCAUUUUGAUCUUGAUCCUUACAACAUUGUUUUAAUAAUUCCCACUCUUCUUUAUGCAUCCUUCCCUCUAUUCCCAAUUCUGAGACCUGGUCCCCCUCCCGUUAAUGAUUUGGGAAGAGGGCGAGCCCUGUAGGCCAAGGUGGGCUGGAGGAGCCUCCAGGAGACGGGACUCGAUCUAUGCCCUGAAUCAGGGGGAAGAUUCAGAUUAGUGCGGGCCAGGUAUAUAUUGGUGGUCGGGGCUUCCGGUGGGAAGAAAGCCCAGAGGUAUCGGGAGGCACACGUGUGGAGGAAAGAGCAAAGCUUUGGGUCAGGCAGACCUGAGUUCAAAGACUAGAGCCGAAGGACCUAUGGCAAGUCACCAAAUCCCUCUGAGCCUCAGAGUGUCUGUCUAUAAAAUGAAUGUUAAAAGACCUGCUUUUCGGGAUUAUGGUGAGGAUAGAGGAGGGGAACUUUUGAGGAAGAAUCUGGAACGGUGUUUGGCACAUUAGGUAGGAUAUGAAAAAUAAGCACUGGGCCUUUUCCUUCAUUCUGCACAUGGACAAGCCCAGCUCAGGGAGGCUCCCAUGUCACUCAGCAGUUCCACUGUCAUAGAACCACAAACAUCACAAAGCUGACAAGGGUCUGGGGGGGUGUCCCCCUUGAUCCUAAGGGUUAUUGAGCCUGUCCUUGCACAGGGCUCUCCCCUUCAGCAUUCUUGACCCAUGACUUUUCAGCCUCAGCUUGCACAGUCCCGCAGAUGGGGAGCUCAUGACCACAUUCUGGGACAGGCUGGGCAGCUCUCAUCAUUAUAAAGGGCUUCCUUCAGAGACCUGCCACCUUGUAAUUUCCACCCACCUGUCAGAGCUCUGCCCACAGGACCUCAGAGACUCCCUAGACCCCAGAAUUCACUCGUCAGCCCUCCGGAGAUUUGAAGCAGUACGUGGGGAGUUAGCUGACAUAUGGAGAAAAGAGCCAGCAGUGGGAGGGUUUGUCCAGUUAGUGGCAGGACGGCUCUGAGGGAGAAGGGCCUGAAUAGGGGAGGGGGGCUCCUGGCCUUGCGUCUCCUGCUAGGAGUCAGCAUCGUGACUCCUGCCCGUCUCCUGCCGGCAGCUUCCGUCCGGUGAGAAUCAAGCAGGGGUGCUGUUAAAA